GCAUGUCAAAACAGUCAUGGAAUUGGUUCGAGGCACAACAAAGCUGCAUCAAUAACAACAGUACCUUGGUAACUACUGCAGUGAUGACAUCAGAGAAUGAGUACUGGACUGGUGUUUACAGACGUUAUUCAUUCUUGAUAAAAAUCUUAGGCUGUUACAGUGUAGAAGAUGUGAAUCAAAUAAAGAAACAAACGUUUCAUAUGAAGUAUCCUUCAGCAGGCUUUUGCCAAGAAAUAUGUGAUUCCAUAAAUGUUCUUAACUUUGGAAUCAAGGCAAUGGAAUGUGUAUGUUUCGAAAGAACAGUGACGGCGAGGAACAUACCUAGUAGCCAGUGCAGCGAAACUUGCACAAAAUACAACGAAGAAAUUUCAUUUGCCCAAUGUGGUGGAAGAAAUGCAUACACUCUAUACAGUUCAGGUGACAAAGACCGAAAACCAACUUGUUAUGCAAUUGAAUGCAGCACAAGGAACGUGUUUUCUAUUUCUCAAAAUUGCUCAGAGUCAAAGUUUGGAGUAUGUGCAAACAGAGAUCAAUGUGAUGGUUUUGCUACCUGGGCAAAUGCAAUAUUCAUCGAGUCCAAAGGGAGAAGUGAAUAUUGA